AUGGGACAGAAGAGCUCAAUUAACAAAAGUAGUAAAAAUGUUGAAUGCUAUUCAACAGCAAAUGAAACACUUGUUAAUGAAAAUCACGAUACAAAGAGCCCUGCCGUAAAUGCAAAUUAUAGAUGUAUAAUUCGAGAUUGCUUUGACAGAGCAACAUGUACCACAGCAAAAAGAAUUUUGAUGAGAGUUAAUCAACAACGACCUGAUUUUAAAAUGUACAAAGAUAAUCUUACACCUGAACAAAUUGAUUCAUUAAUCAAUCUUUUGAAUGAUUAUUUAUCUGCUGUUAUCGAUAAUAUUGAUGAUGUUGAAAAGGUAAAGGAGCUUUCGAUGAAUUAUGGUUUAAAACAUGUCAGUUUAAGAUUAAACGGUUUUAAACCUGAUUUUUUUGCUGCAAUGGCUGAUGCAAUUGCAACAGAAUGUUCAUUUUUAAGUGAAACAGCUACUACACAUGCACCAACGAGUACUUUUAGAGCUUGGACAAUUCUUGUUGAUUUAAUGUUUUCUUCUGUACGUGAUGGUUUUUAUCAAGAAUUACGCCGACAAAGACGUCAAUCACCAACACAUCUGAAAAGUUCACGUGAGUCAAGUGCCAGCACAGAACGACUUCUUGAAAAUUCGGAAAGCAAUUUAAGAGAUUCCAUAAAAUCAGCUAAUUUACGUUUCGAAAAUAAUUACUACAGCAAUUGCGAUCAAAGGAUAACCGCUAGUAAUUCAUCGCUAACUAAACAACCAUUUUCAAGCACUGAUAUUACGAAACAGGAAGUUAUAAAUUAUCAUUUAAGACCAGGAACUACGACAACAGCUGCAAUUUCAAAGCCAUUAUUUCAAAAAUCAAAUUCUACAAACAGUUUUUUAAAGUUAUUAUCUGCAACAUCUUCUGGUUCAAUAAAUGAGAAUUGUGGCACUUCACAGAUGAAACGUGGAGAAUAUAUUAUCAGAUCACGAACACCAAUUCCAAAUACUGGCCGUUUUUUUAAAAAAACUACUACAACAAUUAAUUCUGAAACCAACAAACAUCAAACCUUCAAGCAACUCUCAUCAGAUUCAUCACAAUCUGCUAUACCAAAGUCUUUUGACCCAAACAAAAUUAUCGAUGAUUUCAUGAAUGACCGAUAUAAUGUUUAA